CUGUGGCAGGGAGGGUAAGAGAAAAACAGCCGUUUGUGGUUUCUAUGGCAAUGCCUAGUUUUUGGUGUUUUGUUCAGGGGUCCGUUUGAUUGAGUGCUGUUUUUGCAGUGAGGGGUUGACAUGGUCGGAAGGGAUUUAAGGGCCCCCAAUUUCCAGCAUGGCUGUGACAGGGAUGCCCCCGAUACGGUCAGACUGUACUUGACGUGCACCUCAUGUCCUGAGUGUGUAUUCCUUGUGUCUGCCUCCGACGAUCUCCGACUGUAUUCCUCAUACACACCCCAGUCCCACCAUUCUGUACCUGACACCCCCUCAAUUAUGUCAGACUGUACCUGAACGUACACCCCUAUUAUAUCACACUGCACCUAUGAGACACAGACUGAUUACAUCAGACUGUACCUGACGUAUACAGCUGUGACAUCACACUUACAACUCGGUCAUCAAAUUGUACCUGACCCGUGCGCUCCAAUUACGUGAGAUUGUACCUGCCGUAUGCAUCCCAGUUAUGUCAGAUUGUACCUGGCCCUAGUUACGUUACAUUAUAUCUAAUGUGUACACCCCAAUUACUUGUGAUGGUGUUGUGCCACACACACACACGGACCAGUUAAAGCCACGUUGUACCUCCAUUUUAAUCCCUUGCUAUUCUCUCUCACACAUAUCAGAUACAUCACGCCCUACCCGAUGUGCAUCCCGGAAAGUCAUACCGUACGUAAAACUUACCCCCACACCUACCUCACGUCAAAUGAGACACACACCAACUUCAUCAGACUGCACCUGGGGACCCCCACCCCCAGUUACACCUUCCCCGUCUCUAAGUACUUCCGAUGGUCCCUGGGACAAACGUACAGACCAUUUGCAUCAGAUUGUAGGUGUGACACACCUCCUCCCCAUCUCUGAUUAGCUUCGACUGUAAACAGUGGCAGUUAACCCCAGCAUGUACCUUUUCUUCCACUUGUGAUUACCUCUGACUGUACCUAGGGAAACAAUGUGUCCCCGCCCCCCCCCACUUAAUCAGCAUGUCGCUGUUGAUAUGCACCCCACCGUCUCUUGAUAACUCUGACUGUGCUGAGGGGAGACACCCCCCCACCAUUUAUAUCAGGAAUGUAGCUGUGACGGCAUCACCUGCUUCAUCCCUGUUAUAUCGGACCUGUACCCACCCACCCCUUCCGAAUGUCUAAUGCCGAACAGAGCCUGCGCUACAGUUCCACAGUCUCCAAUUAGCUCUGGUGUAUCUGGACACGCACGCCAGUUACUCACGUGUAGCUGGGCUAUCCCUCCCGCCCUCCGGUCUCGGAAGCCUGUUACCAUGACACCACCCGCCUCUCCAGUUUCUACACGUUUCCAGCCGCUCCUCAGCUGUGCCGUUGCCUGGAUUCGUUACAACCUGCGGUGCCGAUGACGGUGUGGCGGAAGCGGAUCCUGUCCGGGGAGAGGCAGAGCCAAGGAGCCGUGGGGCAGGAAGCUGUAGUCGAUGAGGGCACCUCCCACAGCUCUGUGGCCCCGCCAUGGCUCCGGUGCUGGAGCUCUCGGACGCUGCCCACUCCCGCUGCCUGUUGGUGGAGCUGAAUGAGCAGCGGCUGCGGGGCCAGUUCUGCGACGUCACCAUUAUCGCCGAAGACACCAAAUUCCCAGCCCACAAGAACGUGCUGGCAGCAUCGAGCCCGUACUUCAAGGAGGUGCUGUCGGAGGAGUCGGCCGGCCGCCACCCGGCCCAGGUGCUCGAGCUGCCCGACAUUCAAGCCGGGGUCUUCUCGGACAUCCUCAACUUCAUCUACCGGUCCCGCCUCUCGGUGCCCAGCCCGGCUGCUGCCCGGCAGAUCGGAGCCGCCGGCCGCCGCCUAGGCAUCUCCUGGCUGGAGAACCUGGAUCCUGCCGCUCAAGCCAAGGAGAUGAGCGAGUCCUGGAGCCCUGAGGCUGCCGGAGACACCUCGGCCUCCUCCCCGAGAUCCUGCGGCUCCCCUGUGGACCUGACCUGCCCAUCACGGCCAGCCACGAGCCCCGUCUGCCACCAGGAGCCAGCCCAGCUGCCCAGCCCGCAGCAGGAGGCGGAUAAUGAAACCGAGACAGCCAAGAUCCUUUAUGCCCUGAGCACAGCGCCCGCCGAGCCGGUUGCCCCGGACUGGGAGCGGGAGCGUGGUGCCGCGGAACCGCCCGCCGGGGAUCCGUUCAGUGGGACCGGGCCCAGUACGGACACCACUAGUUACCUCUCUCCGCUCUGA